AGCCAAUUCAUUCUCACCAUGAGCCAAUUUUCUUCCAUUUUCUAAUCGUGUUUUUUUUUUCUAAAAACAGAGCACCUCAAGCAGUCUUGCGUCUCACGUAACCCUCGCACUUUACAAAUAUUGAUUUCUCCUUAAUUCUCUCCAAUCUCUCUGUAUCUUUUUUCUCACCCUUCUUUCAACUACCGUCAAAUUCGUAACCCUAAUUUCUUCGAACGUUUUCAAACAAUGUCUUCUCCACUCGCCGCAAAAUCAAACCUAACCACGACUCGAUCGGCUUCGUUAAACAUUCCACAUUCGACACGUACCAAUCACAACCACGAUCUCCGGUAUAGUCUUUCCGCUGGUCCUCGUACGAACGAAGAUCGACCAGCUUCUGGGAACGGCGUCGCCGGAAUCCUCUAUAAAUGGGUAAACUACGGCCAAGGAUGGAAACGACGGUGGUUCGUACUCCAGGACGGUGUUUUGUCGUAUUAUAGAAUCCAUGGUCCCGAUAAAAUAUCUCUCUCCGUUGAGAUGGAUCGGAGAUCUAAACUGAUCGGCGGCGAAUCUUUACGGUUUAUUUGCCGACAUAGCAAACGCGGUGAUGUUCAUAGCCCCGGGAAACCUCUCGGCCAAAUUCACCUCAAGGUUUCAUCGAUUGGACAAAGCAUAUCAGAUGGCAAGAGAUUCACUGUAUUCACGGGCACGAAGAGUCUGCAUUUACGAGCAGCAACGAGCGAGGAUCGUGCCUCUUGGAUCGAAGCAUUGAAAGCUGUUAAAGAAACGUUUCCAAGAAUGUCAAACGAAGAACUAAUGGCAUCGACGACUAAUGUCUCAGUCUCGACCGAUAAGCUAAGGCAGAGAUUAAUGGAAGAAGAGGUAGAUGAGACAAUCAUCAAAGAUUGCGAAGACAUAAUGAAGAACAAUUUCUUAGCAUUGCAUGAUGAGGUUAUGUCUCUAAAACGGUACCAAUAUCAUCUUAUAGAUUCUCUCAAGAACGUCAGUAACUCACCUAUAAGACCCAGUAACCAAAGUUUUUCAUGAAAUAAUUACAUUUGAUUUAAUAUCAGUUUAAAUUAAAGUAUACUAUGCAAUAAUAAUGAAAUAUCCACGAUUUGAUAUGGGCAUAUGGCUCUUCUAUACUAUUGUUUUGGUGUGAGUGGAGUAUUUAGAAUCCCAUGUGUUUUAUGGGCCAUUUAGUGAAAGCCUAUGUGUAAUUUAUUUGAAAGAUAUCGGCCCAUUUAGAUUUUCAAAUGCAGUGACAUGACCUUGUAUGAGUAUUUUGCAAUUUUUUAUCUUUGGUUUAGUAUAA